AUGGCUACAGCCAUAGAUUGGGAUAAACCGGGCAAAUACCCCAUCGUUCUCGGCGAUACUUUGCUUGGAAAAGCUCCCAAUAAUAUAUAUACCGGCAUUCGCUACAACCACAAACCCGACCCCUCUGCCGGAACCACUGCCAACUCCGCACAACUGAGACCCUCUUCAAAUCCCACCUCUACGAAUUAUGACCUUUCCCUCUCCGACAAUAACGAUGAUUAUACCUAUACUGGAGCCCGAACCUCAGGAGACGACCAAUAUGUACUCACGUUUGAUCCCGUCAGGAAAGUUUUGGUUUUGGAUCGCAUAGAUUCUACGUUUGAUAUGAAUCUGACAAGCGCACCAUGGACGGAUGACGCUGCUCAAUUACAAUCGCAAUACGAACAAUUAGAACCACCGACGAAGGUCGUUAUAGAGGAACCCCAACCUAAAAUGCCUCAAAAGAAGGCUCCUAAAACAAAAGUUACGGCGGCAACGAAAGCAAAACCUGCUCCCCGCGCAAAAGUAGAAAAGCCCCAGAAGCCGAGACCGCCACCACGCGAACCAACGCCCGAACCAGAAGACGAAUCAGACGACGGGCUUACAGUUGAAUAUCCAGACGGGCAGAGCUCCCAACAACAAUAUGAGUAUAGGGCUCCGAUAUUCCAAAGGGAGCCAAGUGAAGAAAUCAGCGAUGAAGAUGAGGAUGCGGAUUAUGAUCAAAUCUAUGAACAAAACCAGGAUGUUGAUCAUUUAAAACUACCUAGUCCAGUCAACAAUCCCGUACCCAUUAGUGAUGAAGAUUUGGAGGCAACCUUGGAGGCGGAUCUGCAGGCGGAAAUGGAAAAGGAGCUCAUGAUGAAUCAACAGGGAGACGAGAGUGAUGAGAGUGAAGAGGAAUAA